UAUGAAAGAACGGGAAAAAUUAAAACGGACAUUUGAACCAGUCACGAAACAGGGCAGCUGAGGAGUCGUUACUCGCAGUUGUGUCUACUAGGCUAGCUAAGAUGGCAGAGGUUGGAGAGCCUCAAGUGACGCCAGAAACACCAGGCAGACCAGCAAUCCUCAACCCAUUUGAGAGCCCAAAUGACUACCACCGCUUACACGAGCCAUUCGUACCAAGCCCCUCCAUCUUCAAGAGCUCUUCUGCUUCGUCUGCUACGCCAGCCAAGUUCAAGUGGACGAUAGAUGAAAUGUCAGACUUUCUACCGGUAGACAUCAACCCAGAAGACAUAAGCAGACAAUCAUUUUACAUGAGCCAAACAAGGAUAGACCUUGAAAUUGAACAGAAACGUCAGAAUGCAAUCGACCAAUUUUUCACCAAAGGUGCCAUUGUUCCCUCCCCAUGGACGGCCCCUUGCACCACCAAGAAGCACCUUGGGAAGGAUUCCUCAUCACCACUUAUCCUUGAAGAGCCUGUAUCGUCUAGGAAAACCAAUGCCAUAUGCCAGACGGUACUUUCGUUACCUGUUGACUUCGAUCUGGAAAAAGUGCUGGGUGAUCACUGCUACCGGCUGGAGGAGGUGUGUGAUCAGGUGCAGGAGACGUUGAGCUCCUCGUCUCUGCGGCGUAAGCUCUUCCUGGACGGACACAGCAGCGGCAGUGGCAGCGGCUCCGACUGCUCCAACCCUCCCAGCCCAGAGAGGGCGCCCUACACCGUCACGCUCACCCCCACCGACCGCGACGCUGCCAUGCUGUCCUCCCCCUCCCCAGCCAUGCUGUCCUCCCCCUCCCCAGCCAUGCUGUCGUCCCCCCUGCAGUGUGACAUCCCCAUCAUGACCUCCUCAUCGGGCCAGUUCUCCUCGAGCCCCAUCAGAGGCAGGUUUCGCGACUACAGCCUGGGGAGCAUCUCGAGCCCCAUGUUGCUGACUGAGAGGACCUCGCCUGCCUACAAAACACCCACCCUGUCGCCCAUAGGCCUGCAGAGAGAGGGCAGCCCUCUAUCAGGUGAGCGUAAGCACCUGGCGUUCCUCACCCCCGAGGGCGCCCCCCCGAGCAGCUCUCACAUGCGUUGUCGUGGCGACAGCCCUUACGUGGAGGGCUGCUCCCCCAUCCGCAGUUGCUCUCCGAUCAGACCCCCCCACCCCCACCACCACCACCACCACACCCACCCUUGCCACCCCCACCCACACUCCCACCGGGCAGCAGCGGCCUGGGGAUCCCCCUCCAUCUCCAUCCCCUCUCCCAUCUCAAUCCCCUCUCCCAUCUCCCCCAUCCUGCGCACCAUCCACCCCACACACGCCCACGCCCACCCGGGGCUCUCCCCCAGCGCCAUGGAGCUGGAGUGCAGUAGCUCUCUCCAGGGGGAGACGGAGACGGCCGCCCUGCCCAGCGGAGGUGGAGGAGGAGGUGGUGGAGGUGGUGGUGGCAUCAUCAGCCAGGCGCAGGACCAGGGCCAGAUCCAGGGUCAGUACCAGGCGGUCUCCCCUCCGCCUCUGCCUCUGCCGACCUCCUCCUCCUCCUCCCUGGAGCUGAUGGAGCAGGGGGGGGAGGAUACGCGGGGGUGUCAGUCAGGCCUGUCAGGAGGACAACAGCAGCUGGACCUCAUGGAGGCUCCCCAGAGCACGGGCACCGAGGAAGAGGAGGAGGAGGAGGAGGAGCGGCUGGGCUGCGGCUGGACGACAGGAGAGAUCCAAGACGACGAUGAGUGUGGUGAUGGUGGUGAUGAAGAGGAUGAGGAGGAGGAAGAGCUGGAGCUGGAGCUGGACGGUCUGUCCGUGCCGAGACACCUGACCAGCUCGCGGACGGGCAGCCUGUCCAACGCCGAGUCGCUGCACAUGUUCACCUCGCUGCUGGCCGAGGGAAGCCUCAUCCCCACCGACGGCAGCAGCAUGCAGGUGGAUAGCGGUUACACCACCUACUCCACGGGCACCACCAGCCUCAUGGAAGGGGUCAGUUGUGACGGCCACACCACUAAGGACACACUGGACGCUACGGCCACACACACUCCCGACACCCCCGGCUCGCUUUACACCAAGCUCAUGAAAUCAAAGAUUGUUCUACCACACCACUGAUCUGCUAGAUGGGACCAGGGGAUAUCCGUGUGUGAGUGAGAGAGAAAGUGCAUGUGUGUGUGUAUUCUGUGUGUAUGUGUGUGAGCACCAGAAGGUGUGUGUGUGUGUGUGCGUGCGUGCGAGAAUGUUUGUGUGUGUGUGAGAGAGAUUUAGAGGCACCCAACUGUAUACUUGACUUAUUUGUGAUGAGGAGGCAAGCGCAGAAGCAUUACUUGCACAGGUGCCUUGACUUGAUGCGAACAGUUGACACAGUAGCUCGUGAGCGAGUGAGAUUGACAUAGUAGCUCGUGAGCGAGUGAGAUUGACACAGUAGCUCGUGAGCGAGUGAAAUUAUCGAGUGACUUGACAUGAUGCUGAUUCUUAACGGGUAAUGUGAUGUCGUCUACGCUUGGCGUAGAAAACGAGAGAUAUGUUCUCUUCUGUUCACUAUUGACUUUUUGAAAUAAGGUGUUGCAUAUAUUUGAACAUUUGAAAACAUGUAAUGUACAGAAAGGGAUUUGGGAGAGAAUUUUAAAUUGUUUUUUUUAUUAUUUUAUAUUUUAAAACCUAUUUAUGGUUUGUUGCUGGCAUGGUCCAAAUCAGAACCACUAAGAAUCCUAUGGAAUGCUCCUUUGUACUGUAAUGGAAACGGCCUUGAUCAUAUGUGAUCUAUGAUGUGAUGUGAUGUGAUCUAUGAUGUGAUGUGGUGAUUAUAAUAAAGUAAAGCUGACGGCC